CCUAAGGUUCGAUGCACUGCAGUCAUUGAUAAUUACAACCGAUAAUUGUUCGUGAGGAUAUAAUGACGGAAAAAUACGCCGUCAAAUGUACCGUGACUCUAACUUUCAUUUGUGCACUCUUAGCAUCCGGUAGCACUCGAGAAGCCGUUAGAAAUCCACAAUCGAACAAUUUCAACUUAUGGAGUUGCGGAGAGGACCAGUUCACCUGUCAGAACGGGGAUUGCAUCGCGAGCGAAUCGCUGUGCGACGGAAGAGCCGACUGUUCGGAUGAGAGCGACGAGACCCAGGAGGAAUGCUUAAAGCCGUGGCUGACCUGUCCGUAUUUCGCGUUCCGGUGUAAUUACGGCGCCUGCAUCGACGGCGACCGCACCUGCAACGGAGUCCGCGAUUGUGCCGACGGCUCGGACGAGGAUCUCCCGCGAUGCGGCGGUCCAGCCACUCCGAAGCCCUUCACUUCCUGCGGCAGAGAGGACCAGUUCACCUGUCGAGACGGGGAUUGCAUUGCGAGCGAAUCGCUGUGCGACGGAAGAGCCGACUGUUCGGAUCAGAGCGACGAGACCCAGGAGGAAUGCUUAAAGCCGUGGCUGACUUGUCCGUAUUUCGCGUUCCGGUGCAAUUACGGCGCCUGCAUCGACGGCGACCUCCCCUGCAACGGAGUCCGCGAUUGUGCCGACGGCUCGGACGAGGAUCCACUGCGAUGCGGCGGUCCAACCACUCCGGAGCCCUUCACUUCCUGGACACCGACGCCGACGCGACCGCCGACUGAUAUGGGGUCGUCCUGGGUGUUUCCUCGGUCUUGCGAGAUCCCGCCGCAGCCAAGUAACGGCCACUGGAAGCUCGAUCGAUCACAAUGCAGCGACGAGCUGAACUGUCCCAAUCCUCAAAAUGGUGAGCUGGAUCCUGGUACCCGCCUGCAAUACACCUGCGAUCCAAACUUCAAGGCAAACGGAAGCACCGAAGUCUCCUGCGAAUCUACGGGAAGGUGGUCGGAAAUACCCGUCUGUGUUGUCCACGUUGACCGAAUUGUAGACGCCUUCGGGUCGUCUGCUCCACGGUUUCGGUGUCUAGGUCCUGUGCACCGCGGCCUGAGGCAUCCGGGUCGUCCGCUUUAUGAUGAAUUCAACUUGAAAAGAGGGGUUGAUAUCAUCGAAAUAUCGCCCCCUAUUGCUGUUGAACGCUCGAAGUGCCCAAGUCAAACGCACCCUAGAACUGCAAACUGCAGACGACGCUGUUCUUUGUGUGGUGCUCUUGGAGUAAAAAGAAAAAGGUCACCAAAAACAGAUAGAGGGGGAUGGAAAAUGAACAGCGAAGCUCAUUUUCAAAUGCAUGUUAAAACUGUGCGAAAUACUUUAACUUACCUGUACCACCUGUGCAACUGGCACAAUUACAUUUCGCAACUCUUUAUUUAUCACCGAAACAUGAUUGUUGCUGUUAGAGACUUGCAAAAAGUAGUGAAAUCCGAAUCAAAAACGUCUGAAAUGGCUUAUUCGUGUGAGGCGAUCAUCAAUGUUUCUCGCUAUCAAAUUUGCGACAUAGUAUCAACGAAUAAUAUCUACCUGUUACUUGAAAAUGGGAAAAUCGCUGCGUACGUGCACUUGCACGCAGCGAUUAUGCCUUUUCCGAUACGCAACAACCAGUUCCAAACAUCCACUGACCGGAACCGGGCAAAAAACAAAUAUAUUGACAGCAAAGUGCAGAAUUUUAAUGUGCCCGCCAAGUACGUAGCUCUUGGAAUGAUGUUUCGAUAUCACUACACGCGAAGCGAGGUCCGAUUUCACGACGUGCACAGAUUCGCGAAAGUUUCAGCAACCAUGUUUAUUGCUGAAACAUGUUAUGAACCGAUUUUACAAUACCUGUGUUUGAGCCCCUGUCUCGUGGCUCUCCAUAUUCACAAUUUACAUAAAUAUGGUAGACGUCGCAAUUUUGAUCGUGGAAGAGCCGUCUCUAAUAUCCCUAACACAUUCCUGAAAGAUGCUCGCCUGCUGCCAGACACCAGCACGAUCAUACAAGCCGGCACAGUUCGUUCCGAAUCGGAACCGGCCCAACGAGCCGCGCGCGGCCCGAAGGGUUCGGGGCCUAGUGACGAGGUGGCGGCAGCGGGUCGAUUUCAGGAAUCGGUUUACGGCGUAGCAAGCACUUUCAGCCAGGCUAAUCUGAAAAUGGAUAGCUUCGAAGGACCGAUCUAUGUGCACGUAAUCAUUGCUACUGAUCGCGCAAUGGACAAAAAAUGCGCUAAAAACUUGUAUUUCCAAACCUUCUGGUUGAUGGAUUUUGUGUAUAGUUUCAUCACACUCUUAGCAUCCGGUAGCACUCGAGAAGCCGUUAGAAAUCCACAAUCGAACAAUUUCAACUUAUGGAGUUGCGGAGAGGACCAGUUCACCUGUCAGAACGGGGAUUGCAUCGCGAGCGAAUCGCUGUGCGACGGAAGAGCCGACUGUUCGGAUCAGAGCGACGAGACCCAGGAGGAAUGCUUAAAGCCGUGGCUGACCUGUCCGGAUUUCGCGUUCCGGUGUAUCUACGGCGCCUGCAUCGACGGCGACCGCACCUGCAACGGAGUCCGCGAUUGUGCCGACGGCUCGGACGAGGAUCUCCCGCGAUGCGGCGGUCCAGCCACUCCGGAGCCCUUCACUUCCUGGGCACCGACGCCGACGCAACCGCCGACUGAUAUGGGGUCGUCCUGGGUGUUUCCUCGGUCUUGCGAGAUCCCGCCGCAGCCAAGUAACGGCCACUGGAAGCUCGAUCGAUCACAAUGCAGCGACGAGCUGAACUGUCCCAAUCCUCAAAAUGGUGAGCUGGAUCCUGGUACCCGCCUGCAAUACACCUGCGAUCCAAACUUCAAGGCAAACGGAAGCACCCAAGUCUACUGCGAAUCUACGGGAAGGUGGUCGGAAAUACCCGUCUGUGUUGAAAUCACCUGCAAAUCCUUGGAAUCUGUUUCGAUGAUAACGAGUUGCUAUCGAUCGACUGUGUGGUUACCGUGUGGCUCUUCAGUGCUACCAAACACCACGGCCGAACUCGUGUGUCGCGCUGGUUACAAGAAGGAUUCAAGUCUUCUGGAUUCUGGCAGCAAAACUGUGACAUGUAAUACGCAUGGCGAAUGGGAGCCAAGACCGAUAACCUGCGUCCCAAAGUGCGGAACAACGAAUAUCCGGCUGACACCGACCAUACUGAAUGGAGAAUCCGCCGACGUCUCAGAAUUUCCGUGGCACGCGUCGCUGUACAAACAGAGUAACAAUUCGCUGGGUACCAAAGAGUUCAAGUGCGGCGCAACGAUAGUUCGGACCAACAUCCUGCUGACCGCCGCCCAUUGCGUUUAUGACGAGAUAUCGAACAUGGUCGAGACUCCCGAAAGCUUUCACGUGGUUACCGGAAACAAAUUCCGAGAUUACGACUCUCCGCUUCACGAUUCACGGGUCGUUCGAAAGGCUGCGGUGAAACGCAUCUACAUCCCUGUCGAAUUUUUUGGCAAUGACGGUAAUUACGGUUCCGACGUAGCGGUCAUCGAGUUGCGGGAGCCGUUUCAGCUGUCUGACAUCUUGAUGCCGAUUUGUAUGAAUCUCGACGGUCUCAACAACCAGCUGCUGGAAGCUGGCUCAGUUGGAAGAUUUGCUGGAUAUGGUGGAACGAAUACCGCCUCGUCGAGCGCAACUCUAUUGACUACGAACAUUUCCUACGUGUCUUACAAAACAUGUGGACUGUCCAUGGGUAGCGAGGAAAACAGAAAGUAUCUAACGGUUGACAAGUUUUGCGGGGAAGGCCAAAGCGGAACAGCCGCUUGCCCAGGGGACAGCGGCGGUGGUCUGGUAUUUCAGAGUGCAGGAAAGUGGCACAUUUUGGGAAUUUUGAGUCUCCGUUUGAACAAGAAUACGAUGAACGUAGACAAAACUUGCGACAGCGAAGCUUACGCUCUUUUUACCAAGGUUCACGCUCACUUGUCGUGGAUCAAUCGGCUGAUUUCUCGAAUAAAUAAACACGCCGAUUGA